AUGGAAAGCCUUGUGAUCUCUACUCUAGGUAGAGCGAAGAAUCAAGACUUCUUAGAGCAAGUCUCUUCUCUUCUCGACCAAGCUGAUGAUAUCCUUGUGGGUUGUCAGAGUGGAGCCAGAUCCUUAAAAGCCACAACUGAACUUGUUGCCGCAGGUUACAAGAAAGUGAGAAACAUGGGAGGUGGCUACUUGGCCUGGGUGGAUCACAGCUUUCCCAUCAACGAGGAGGAGGAGGAGCCAUCUGCAAACUAAUCAUAUUAAGAUUCUCAUCCUUCUUGUCGAAUAAUAUAAUUGCCAGUGUGAUGUAAUAAAUCAUUUUCUAUUUAGAAUUGCGGUAUC